ACGUGGGGACGAUUUUUGCACACAAUACAAGUUGGGCAAGAGGUUGAACAGUAUACUCGCACAUGCACUCUCGCAAUGGCAUAAAUGAAGUAAACAUUGAGGAAACUGUCGACAAUUUAUUCAUUUUUACAUCUUCAUAUGAUAAAGUGGACAAGCUGACAACAUCAUCAGCAAUCGGUCAAGAAGAGGGCAACCACAAGUGUCCUUCAUGUGAUGUGAGCACCCCUUAGCUUAGUGUGACAAGGAGGGUUCUAGCCCUGGUACAUGAAGGGCGUCUGUGCCACUGCACUGACCGCUGCAGAGGAGUCCAACCUGGGCUAAGAGGGUUCCAGCAUGGCUGCUUAUGGGGUGCAGGGGGACGACGCCAUGCGGUACGAACACCAACAACGCCAGUAUGCGUUACUGAUGGAGAUACAGCGUCUUUGCAGAGAACUGCCCGUGAACUACCAACAGCGCCUGCCGUACAGCAUGCUGUCGAGUCUUUCCUUGUCGCUGCUAGACGGCACAGUAUUCCAGAUCGUCAACCAUCUUGCUGAGAUCCAGCAGAUGACUGAACGAAAACUGAUGGAACAGCGAGCGCAGCUUGUCAAUACACACAAAGGUAUGAAGCAGGAAAUGACCAAGAAACACAAAUCUGCCUUGCAGAGCUGCCAGAGCAAACCCCACAAUCUCAAGUUGGUAACCAAUACCAACGACAAAGAAAAACAGGCCCAAGACAAACGCAUCGAGGAAGAAAUCAAACAGAUGGACGAGAGGAUUGUCCUUGAGAUCGAUCACCGCGUGGCGGAGCAGCAGAUGACUCUGGAGAAGGCGGGCGUGGCCGGUUUCUUCAGGACGACCAAGCCGGAGGAGGUGCGGCUACAGAUGUACGUACUGGGAAUUGUUCGUAAAUUGAGUAAAACACCAUUCAACCAAAUCCCAUCGGGAUACACUUGACGGGGAAAGUUUUCGAUUAAAACGAAAAUGAAAGCAACUCAUGACGUUUCCAGGCCACGAACUUAAUCUGUGAGAGUGCUCGGCCAUUUUGAUUUUGCAGAGAGCACUUGCAUCAACAAAGUUUUAGAGGCACUGGACACCUUUGGUACUUGUUGAAGAUCAGUAUUCUCACUUGGUGUGUAUCCUAGCGCUAUGCAUAUAAUAACCAGUUUGUGAAAUUUUGAGAAUAAUGACAGAAAAAAUACUUUUGUUGCACAAAUCAUAGGCUUCAGGCCUGAAGACUUGUAAUACUGGAGUGAUAAACUACCUCUUUCUCAAAACAAAGGCACCCAGGCAAUUGUUGUGGGUGCUGUGAGAGUAAGUUUUAAGGCCUGCCAAGGCACAUGUAUUUCUAAACAACCAUGCCAUUUGUUUCUGCUAAGUUACUUCCACUGCUCCUUUCACUUGUUGGCUCAUCUCCCAACAUGAUCCUCCCCCCUCCAAAAAAAACCUCACCUCAGAUGAACCCCCACCUACUAUACUCCUCCCCCUCUAAAAAAUAAUCCCUUUUAUUGGUGAGGAUCCUUCACUACCUCAAAUAAUGAAUUCAGGAAGUUAGCGGUGAUACACAAAAUGACCAAAUUCCUGUCCCUCGGGUUUUGUCAAGGUGACCAAAUCUCCAAGGGGCAAUUUAAUAAUAAAGAUGUUAUGGGAGAGAGAAAAAAACUACUUGGCAAAAGAAAUCUUGAAUUCUGACAAUUCACUCUCAUCCACAGUGGUUUUGGAGUAUAGGUAAACUAUGCCUGCCAGUGCAAUACAUACAGUACACAGUCAACCCUCCUACUAUGACCCUCAUUACCAUCAUCCACUGUGGUUUUGAAUGAUAUGUAGACUACAUGUAUGCCUGCCAGUGCAAUACAUGAUGUAUGGUGAAUGUACAUAAUAUAAUUAUACAGUUUACAGUCGACCCUCCUACUGUGAUUCUCAUUACAGUCAUCCACAGUGGCUUAGAAUAAUGGUCAAAAUGUGCCUGCCAGUGCAGCAAAUUAUAUUAUUUGAUGAAUGUACACACAGUACACAGUCAACUCUCCUAACCAUCAUUACCAUUAUCUACACUGGUUUUGAUUGAUAGGUUGGCCCUGCAAUGGCAAAACAGCCAACGUGAAAAAUGACAUUUUGAGAAAAGGAAGUGCAGGGAUAAGCUAUUUUGCCAAUAGGAUUUGAGGCAUUGCAUGGUGAGGUAUCAAUAUAUAUUUGGUUUGCACCAUGUGUGUAUCUACUUG